AUGUGUGCAAAGAAAUAUGAUUUGCCAAAACAAGAAAUACUACCUGUACGUAAGUUAAAACGAACUCGGCUUUUACUACCUUUUAGAUUGUUCAUGAAGAAACAAAAUAAUAAUCGAUUUAAAAAAUACACAGAAAUUAGUAUUUUUGAUAAACAUAGAAUUUGUCAUUCUAAUUUACAAGAAUAUCUAGCAACCGAUAAGGUUCCAAAUGAAGUAAAGACCAUAACUGAUCUAGACGAACAUUUUUUUGAGUAUGUUAAUGGGCGUCCAACGUUUUUACACGUGCCUAUUUUUAAAACUUUUAAAUUGAUGCUCAACGAUUUUAUGAGACUUCGUCAAGAAAUAGGCUACAAAAAAGACUGUGUAUUUAACGUGGAUGUAAAUAAAAUACAAGAAAAUGAAAUAUACGAUUUAGCCGUACGGGAUGUUAUUCAACAAGCUUAUCACUUUGAUAGUUUCAUUUCUGAAGAUUAUCAUAAUUCUAUGACUCUUUUAGCAAAAUGGGAGCUAUUAGAACAGAAAGUGGAGCGUCAGGAAUCUGAAUUGCAAAGUUUAGCUAAUGAGAUGUUUAGUAUUAAGUCACGAAUCAUUGGACUUGAUUAUAAAUACAGCCAACAACAAAAGUUUGGUAGAUUUUUGUAUUACUUAUCACCUCCAACGUGGCGCUUACAUAACAGAGAUUUUGCGAGAUCUGUAGAAAUAGAAGCUAAGGGUUUCGACUUUGGUGAUUCUAAUGACGAGGACACAUUCACUAUAAUAUUUGAAAAAUUGCGUAAAGUAUGCUAUGAAAAGCCAGUUAAACCCGUUUUAUAUUUUAAACAUCCAGAAGACAUUAUAAAAGUGUUUAAUGCAAUGGAAUAUCAACAGUUGCAUUAUUUCACUCAUGUUACACAUUUAAAACCCUACAUAAAGAAUUUGAGAGAGAAUAUUAAAACACUUAAAGACAUAAAUACUCAAGAUAGUGCUUCAGUUUUAAGCUCCAUAUCACAUUUCAAAAAUCUCCUAAUUUUUUGCGAAGAUAGAUGUACCCAACUUAAAGAAAAAUUUUAUAAAAUAUUAUUUGGUAUAUUUUAUGACUCUGUCGGUAAAUUAGAUGUUUUAAAGUUAAAGCUACACUUGGAGUUUUGUUUCGAAAAAAUAAUUUUAGACAAGCCUUUAAAUAUGGACAUCGUUUCUAUUGCAAGGAAUCUUGAAAAUUUUUAUAUGGAAUAUUCUUAUCAUUUAGACUGUAUCAAAAGUGGAAAUCUUCGGCGAGCUAUUAAAAAAUGUCAAGAAAUGGAAAAUCAAAAAAUCGUGAAAGCCAAUCGAGCUGCCAAAGAAUUGCGUCUCUUCGAUCGGUUGGAAAAACAGUUAUUACGCGCUCACGGUCUAUAUUCGAAAUCUCUAAACAACGGAGUCAAUUAUCAGAAGCUUCAUCAUGCCAAAAAGCCUGAUAAAUUUAAAGUUCCAUCUAAUACUAAGAAGAGACAAAGUUUAACAGAAGACGAAUUAGAGUAUUUGGCACUCUUCACAGACUGGACUGAAAAUGAGGACCCGUCUUUUUAUUUACAGCGCUUGAGUUUAAAAGACAAUGACGAUAAACCUUUUUAGAGUAUCUUUGUUUCAUAAAGAUAAUUUGUAUUCAACUUAUAUAUCAUUAAAAUCUAUAUAUCAAUAUUUUUAACAUUCGUAUCUAAAAUCGAAAUGUCUACAUUUUAUAAAGUCGAUAUAAUAUAUGUGUUUAUAUAUGCUUAGAUCUUUAAUACGCAACGAAUUUUUC